GUUGGUUGAAAGAUAUUGUCGAACUAUGUUUGUAGUAUUUUUGAUGAUCAUUGGAACUAUUCUCAUUAACAAUUUGCACCUCAUUCAAGCUCCGUUUUAUUACCCUGAUUUCCAAUCUGAAGGAUGUAAAAGAAAUUGGUGGAGAACUAUCUUACUUGUCAAUAAUUUCUAUUUUAGUGAUGAUAAGUAUAUGUGCUUACCUCAAACUUGGUUUUUAUGUGCAAAUUUUCACUUUUUUCUAUUAACUCCAUUAUUUAUUUAUCCAAUAUGGAAAUGGAAGCAAUUAGUUUGGUUGAUUUUCCCACUUUUACUAAUUGGAUCGCAAGUCAUUAACUUUUGGUUCGUAAACAUGGAGCAAGAUCAUUUAAAGAACUUGAAUUUUUUUUCAAUCUCUGAUGGGCACUACACGUAUUAUUAUGGUCAAACAGUUUUCUUAGCAACUCCUUGGAUUAUUGGAAUGAUCCUUGGAUUGAUAUUUCAUAAAUAUAAGAAAAUUAACUUAAAUAAGACAUGGAAACUUAUUAUCAGUUCGUACUUAAUCCUAAUGACCUUCAAACUAUUUAUAAGGGAUAUGCUGAUGAAACCACCAGAAUUCAAUCAAUUCUUUUUCACAUUUGAUCGUUUGUCAUUUUCAUUUUACUUUGGAUGUGCGUUCUUCUUUUCAAACUAUUUUAAAUUCAGUACAGAACAAGGCCAUGCAAAACGAAACGUUAAAAGAAGAUCUGUUCAUCCUUUAAAUGCAAUUUUGAUAAUGAUAGACCGUGUUGGAUUAUCUUUGUACUUAAUUAACGUUCCAGUCAUAAUGAUGAAUUUGGUUUUGCGGAAACAAGCGUUAGUUUUUGAUUUUUCAUCAAUAUACCUUGAAACAUUUAGUGAUAUUAUUAUUUCAAUAAUUGCUGCAAUAUUUAUGUUUGUUCUGGUUGAAGAGCCAUUCAGUAAAAUUUCAAGAAAAUUUUUGAAUAACAUCGAACCAAAAGCAACUGUAUCAGCAAAGAUUGAUGGCAAGACAGCUUGUCCAAUGAUAUGAUUUUCAUGUUCAAGUUUGUAUGAUUAGAAUUAAAGAUGGCUAAUAAAACAUCAUUCAAACGGAUUCAGACAUUACCAAUACCAAUGAUUAGUUUAUGCAUUUUAUGGGGAUUCCAAAAUUAUGACGACUAGCGUUGAUGACCAUCACUUGAAUAAUUUAACUCACUUUUGAAUAUUUGAUGUUGUUUUUUUUUAUGUUAAGCUGAUUGAACAUUUUUCACAUUUUGAGAUGCUUAGUUCAAAAACCGGUAUUUUCGUGAUAAUCAUGGCACGCACC